UUGUAUUUCCCACAGUGUCCUGAAUGCAGCACUUCUCCGGCUCCUCCGCCCAUCGCUCCGCUCCGGAGGCUGCUGCUCACUGACAUACAUACUGAACACACGGACUGCUCUCCUGCCCUCUUCCUCUGAAGAUGAUGUGGAGUGUUGUGAUCCUGUUGUCCACGGCUCUCUCUGUGGAGUCUUACACAGUCCCUGAUAUCUACGAGCGUUUGGACCAUGGUCGCCAGCUGAAGAUCUACCUGCCCAAAAGUGCGGAGAUGCUAGAGUUCACCCCGGCUGAUAGACCCGGCGAGACAUACCUGUACUGGGAGAAGAGCAGACACAGGCUGAUCAAAGGCAGGGUGUCCGGCACAGGCAGCGACCGACGCUGGUACAUCGACUCGGUGACAUAUCAGGACGAGGGGACGUACACUCAGAAAGACUAUUGGAAAAAAGAGAUCUCCACCGUCAGAGUGGCUGUCACACCCAGACGUAACUUUGUGAAACGUAUAGCGGGAGAGAAUCUCUACAUCAACCUCGAUGGCAUCGACCUGGCUGAUGCAACCCUCCAGUUCUCUGGGGAAGCUGGCAACUUUACACUGGUGCAUGACGGUGCUCGGGUCUCCCAAGAUCUUCCAGAUUACUUUGACCGGGUUGUUACCCAACGCACCAGCAUCAUGAUCAAGCAUGUGAACUACACUGAUAUGGGCCGUUACACCGUGAAAGACCGCAAGGACCGGGUGGUGUCUGUUACGAGGAUGGACCUGACAGACCAUCAUGAGUCCACAGGCGCAAACCCUCUCAUGGCUCUGCUUUUACUGCUCGGCAUCCCAGCUGGGGUCUGCUGCUGUUGUAGGAAGAAGAUUUUCAAGAAGAAAGCCACCACCGCUUCCACGCUACAGGCUUCUCCAGAUGUAGUCCAUCCUCCUCCUGCUGGUCCUGCUGGACCUGCUCCUCCCUACAACAACCCCGGACAACCAGGGGUGUCCUAUUAUGGCCCUACUCCUGGUGUGGGUCCUACAGUCUAUCCUCCUCCGAACACUGGCCCAGGACAGUGGAAUGGCCCCCCACCCUCCCCAGGCUUUAACCCAGGCUACCCACCCCAGAACCCUGUCUACCCUCCUGUUGGUCCAGCUAUGGUCCCCCCUGCCCAGCCUCCACAAUGGAGCGGUCCACCACCAGGCCAGUACCCUCCUGGACCCGCGGCUCCAAUGGGCUAUGCUCCAGCUCCAGUCAUGUAUAGCGAACCCGUCAAAGAGGAGCUCAAGAUGGACAAUAUGGCGUCCUCACCUGCCGACCCACUGCUGACAGGACAGACUCAACCUCAAUCCUCUCCCGUGGCUCCCGUGGCUCCUGCCACUGCCCCCACUGAUGGCUAUAAGUUUCAGAUCGAUGGAGUGGACUCCUCCACCAACUUUCUGUAGGGGUGCUGACUCCUGGAGCAGCAUCCUGCCAGUUCUCCCUCAGUUUGAUGUUACAGUGCACAGUGCUCUUCGACCAUGGUGGUGGAAACAUCUGGACAGUAGAUUCUAUUCUUUGCCUUCUCGCCUUGAUCAAUAUUUAAUCCCCCAUCUGACUGAGAAGAAUAUGUUUUCAGGUUAUAUAUACCGUUAAGUGUGAUGUAACAUGCAGCGGUCAGUUUGGGAAUUCAAUUUCCAGGCGAGGAGACAAAAAAUGAGUUUAUUUGGAAUGUGUAAUUGAACUGUAACGUCAAAUCUGAUAAACACAGGGCUGCGUUCACUUCCCCAAAGGUUUAACAGACGUUAUUAGGACAUGGUCGUGCUUUCUAUACAUUACAUUCUCACUUCCGUUUGAGUCUUCUUCUUCGAUUCCUCUUUUCUAUUUCUGAUUUAAAACAAGGAAUCAAGAAAAAGACUCAAGAUUUACUCCAAGGUUGGUUUAGGAACAAUGAAAGGAAACAAAGCAGAUGGACUGAAAGUCAACAGUGACACUGACAAACAAGCAGUCUUCAGAUGUGUUGCAGACUUCUGUCUCCAACACGUUGGUCUCAUUUUAACGCAACGUGUUUGACCAAUAGUGUUUUCGAAAGCUAAGAAUGUUUGUGUAAAUGUGUGUGAGACGUCUCAGAGUGGUUUCAAAGUUUUCCAGUCAUUACCUCUGCACUCUGAUUUGUAUCUUCCGUUCCUGAAGGGAAGACAUACAGCUCUGUGAUACACGUGAUUGAUUUAGGCUAAACAAAUCUAAAACCUACACGCGCUGUGAGCAGCAAUACUGUGCUGUACAGCACCUGGACUGUGCACAUUUAAACAGUGUUGUACCAUCCAGUCAUCCAGCAGCUACAGCGAAACAUCAGUCAGCCGUGGAUGUUUGCUGGAUGUAGAGCUGGGCAUGGGCAGACCACAAUACUGUACACAAGUACACCAGUGAAUACAGAUGACUUUUUAAUCAGCUCCCGACAACAUAGGGUCCAGGUCAUCUGUCAAGUCACCUUUGACUUAGCACUUCCACGACACACAGUGUGAACCUCAAGUGCCCUGCUUUACUUGGUUGGUAAUCCAGCCUUGGCCUUGGCUCUUGAGUCAGGUUGGGUCAGAUCAGCUUGGCCAGUUCUUAAAAGGUCAAGUAUCAGCAGAACCCUCAUCAUAACACAAACAAUAGCUACCUCACUUUCGGAUUCUCUGCCUCCUCUUCACAGGUCACAACCAUCGAUGAAGGUUUGUGUGUCAAAGUCAAGUUGAACACAAACGUUGUGAAUCUCCUGAUAGUCUGACCUAAUGCUAACAGAAGAACAACUCUUCUCCGACUGCCUUUCUCCUUAAUACUAAAAGAAAACAUAUCACUCAUCCGACCAGAGCCUUCAAAAGCAAACACAUCACCAAAGUUGAGCAGGAAGUAGCAGCAUGUCAGUUAUCACCCUUGGAUAAAAUGGUUUUUGGGUAAUUUCUGUCAUAAACCACUCUUUGAGCCAUCUUGCUUUUUUUUUAAUCGCUGUUGUUUGUUAUCACUCGUGAGUUGAUUUGCUGCUGAGUUGUAGCUGGAGUUGUAUGUAGAAAUAACAAAAUUGAAUGCACUAACUGACCAACAGUAGAAUGUCCCUCCUCAUAUCUACGACGGAGGUCCAAAACCUCCCAUUCACCUUUAAAGGUCCAAUGUGUAACAUUCAAUCAUCUCUUGACGAAAAUGGAAUAUAAUAUUCAUAACUAUGUUCUCAUUAGUGUGUAAUCAACUGGAAAUAAGAAUACUUAUGUUUAUGUUAGCAUAGGCUUAGCCUCUAUAUCUACAGUGGGUCCUCUUCCACAUAGUCUGCCAUGUUGAACCACCAUGUUUCAGCAAACCAAACACGGGUUCUAGAUAUGACGUUUUUUUUUACAAGUUUCAUGGCCACUGUAGUUUCUCCUUCAUGCUUGAGCUAAGAGGGUGAGGUGAGGGGUUUUCAUUUGGUUGCAAUCUGAAACUUCACCACUAGAUGCCACUGAAAUCCUACACACUGCACCUUUAAAACCUGUAAAUAUGAUCACAAAAGCAAAACAUACCUUCCUCUUUAUAGUUUAUUCACGGCAUCUUUCAUUUUGUCUGUUUGCCUCUAAUUCACACACACACACACACACACACACACACACAUUGACAAAUUGGCAUUCAUUGUCUUCCUCAAGGACAGGAGGAGCCAUGUGAUCAUCUCUUCAUUCAGUGUACGUCAAGCAUACAGUUGUGAUGUCACACUUUAAGUUUGGGGCUCCUCUCCUGUCAGCAGUUGGUCCACCAAAAAAACAGGCAACAUAACAAACAUAACUCGUACAAUAUGUUCUUAACUAAGCUAUUCAGACAUUCUGAACACACUGAGUGCCUUUUCAUCUCUCAACUUGAAGGUGACUUUGGCCUCUUUUCUCCUUGAGCUUUGUGUCUUUGGAUCUUUGGAUAGAUUUGACCUCCGUGCCCGCUCAUGUACUUUCACGUAACAGUGGCAAAAUGAACUGUGGUCAACAUAAAUGUAUUUGACUUGUUUUUGUGUAAAUGUAACCAAUGAUAUUCACUAAGUAUAGUUGUAGUUUACAGUUAUGGGUGAUGGAGUUGGAGACGUCAAACUGGUUCCGUCUUUGUGCUACUUUGGUGUCUACAGUCCUAUGCCCACCUCUGGAUUCAAUGCCAAUGAACUCAUUGACGUUGGGUUCAUACCUCUCAUUUUAUACCUCUUCAUACAGUACAUGUACUUGCAACUCUAUAUCAAUGCAUGAAUAAAGUGGAAUUCUGGAGCUGAAGUUGGCUGACUAGCUUUAUAUGAUACUGUUAAUAAACUGUUCAUAAAGGAUCCUGAUCCGCCCCACAUUG